AUGCGAGCUAUUGUACUGCUGUGUCUCCUGGAAACGGCAUUGGUCCAAGCAGUCGAUUAUUCCUGGGGUGGACCUGGCAAGAAUUCUGAAAAUGGAGGUGUCGAUUCCAACACAGAAAAUGUGUGUGUUACAGACCAGGCGUCGUGUGGCUGCUGUCUGAUGCAGCAACAGAUACACAGGAUGAAAAUGUUCUUCAACAUGAGCCUCAAUGAGCUGGAGAAGGAACUCCAGAAAACAAAGACUGUCCUCAACAAUGUCAGAGCCAGCCGAAGCGCCUUCUCAGUCGCUCUAACCACCGACAACGAUUUGAUCUGCUUGGGCCCCUUCCGUGACGACAAGCUCAUCGCCUACAAGCACAUCUUCAUCAACCUUGGAGAUGGCUACAAUGCGGACACUGGUAUCUUCACUGUCCCCCGCUCUGGUGUCUACAGCCUCGCCCUCACUGUCUACAGUGACGCCGGUUCUCCUGGUAACACCCUGGCUGCCUGUGCCAACCUGCAGGUUAAUGGCCUGGUGGUGGCAGGACCCAGAGAAAAAAACAUGCAAGACCAAGAGGACAGUGCCACUAUUGUUGUGGCCCUCCACUUGAAGGCAGGGGACGAGGUGGCUGUCAACUUGCCCAUCGGAUGUUUCCUCUGCGAUGACAACAGCCACUAUAACACUUUCACUGGGUUCCUGCUAUAUGCUACUGACUAA